AUGAACACAGAGCUCGCCGUCCUCGAGGCUGAAGUGAAGGAAUUCAAGGUCCAGCUUGAGGCAGUUCAAUCGAGUUUGCAGGUAGACCCAGAUAAUGCCGAACUGCAGGGACUGAAGACUGAGCUUGAAGAAUUCAUAUCCCUCACGGAACAAUCCAUCUCAGAGCUACGACCCUCUCCACAGAAGCCGAAAUCCUCCCCUCCUCCUGCAAAAGAAAAAUGGUCGAAAGAGAACCACCCGGCAUACCAAGCGGGUUACCGAAAACCCACCGUUGAGCCCACUCCUCCCGAAGAACCCCAGCCCUCACCUCCGGUAUCUUUAUCCGUAAAUGAUAAUGUCCUAGCCCGAUGGGCCUCUGGAGAUAACACAUUCUAUCCCGCCCGCAUCACAUCCAUAACCGGCUCAUCCACAAAUCCCAUCUACAUUGUUUCUUUCAAGUCAUACGGGACAACUGAAACCCUGACUGCGAAAGACAUUAAACCCAUCAUUGACACGCGAAAACGCAAGGCUGAUGGACUAUCAGGCUCCGUAUCCCCACAGACGCUUCCGGCCAAUUCGAGCGUAAUUUCUGCUGCUGCAGAUAUCAACCCAGCUCUGGCUACCCAGGCGCGCAAGGAGCCAAGCAAGGCAGGCGACGGCCCCAUGCGCCCAGCUAAGGUGCCCCGAAAAGUCAGAGCCAAUCGGGAACUGGAGGCUGGGAAGAGCAAAUGGCAGGAUUUUGCGGCUAAGAGUAAGCUCGGGAAGGCUGGGAAGAAGGAAAGCAUGUUUCGGACUCCCGAAGGGAUCAAUGCUCGAGUUGGUUUUACUGGCUCUGGCCAACAGAUGCGUAAGGAUCCAACACGAAGCCGUCAUAUCUAUCAACAAGCCGAAGACGAUUAUUGAUUACGCUCAGUUUUCAUACAGUUGGCUCGAAUGGGUUUUCUACGGGAGCGGUCUUCCUCUUACUUUCCUCGGAACCUAUCUCCUUCGUUAAAAUCCCUUGUCUCCCGUGCCUGUUGCGGCGAGACUUCAAAUAAUAUAAUUACGCUUAUCCCUUCUCGUCUUUAAUUAUUUGGCAUUCUCAUCGCUGACUUUGCAUCUUGGUAUCUCGAGCAGAUUCCCUAGUUUGUUACCACACCAAUCCGAUGGCAGGGAGCUUCACAUCAAAAUAUUCGACUAAUCUUUUUCUUGCUUCAGAAGGCGUUUGUAGAAAUGGUAGUGCCUUCCCCUCCCCCCACCUCUCGAUAGAUGCAUUACCACCACCCCACCUUUUCCAAUUUCAU